GAAGGAUUGGCCACUCCGACGGCGGACGCGACCCUGCAUUGUGAGAAGACGGCGUGAGGGGCUCUGGGGGUGCUGGUCGCGGGCUAUUUCCAGAUCGGUCGGUGGAGGGGUGGGAAGGGUGUGGGGAAAGAAGCAGGAUGGAAGGCUUCGCUGGAGUUGGGCGAUGCCACGAUGAUGCCGGAUUGGGCCCCGCGAAGGGCCCAUGUGAGGCUUUCCCCACACUACCCCCGUCCUCUCCUGCCCCGCCUGCCGUUUUGGCCUGUGAGCAGUACGCAGCUGACGCAGCCGCGUCUGUCAUGCGCUGCCUAUCAAGCCGGCACUCGAACGCAAAUAAAGCUUACUGCGAACGGGCCCCUCCUCGCAGGCCGUCUGCCUCGAUCGACCUCUCCAGCCUCGGACACCCUCUUCACGCCUCCUCGCCCUUGUGCAACUUCACGACUCGACCGCGGUUCGUUCUUGCUGCAGGAGAACCGCUGCAUCACGCCGACGGACGCAUUCACCGACUACUCCGAUCGUGCUUACUCAACCGUGGUGCCCUCGAUCCCGACCGGCGGCACCGAGCCACAUCGCGCCCGCUGACGAGUACAGGACGGCCAUCCACUGUUGAUUCAUAUUGCUCGCCUCCGACGGCAUUCGUUUGUCGUCGACAUCCCACGGCAUCUCCUCCUUCACGCUCCCGCCAUAUAAGCUUCCCCCUCACACAUACCCCGCUAACAGUACUUCUUCCUAGUCGUGCGCCCCUCGCUCUAAUACCACCUUUCGGCAAUCGUUGAAAUGCCGGCCCCCACCGAGGUUUCCCCCCGAGGCUCGCCCUCGGCCAUGUACACCCUCCCAAACGUCGCCACACACGAUCUCCAGCGCGGAUCCCCCACACCCAAGUUCGAGAUUGAGCGGCCGCGGCGCCGCUCGCCCUCGCCCGUCCCCGCCAGCCCCACGCCCUCCUCGUCCAAGUCCAUGUACGCGCCGCCACCCCUCACCUGGCGCAACGCCGCCCAAGACGCCAUGGCGGGCAUCUACUACACCAAGGACGCGUUCCCGUCCUCGAGCUUCCUGCCCCCGCCCUUCUCGCGCGAGCGCGUGGCCGUGGACGCGGGCGACCGCGUCGAGCUCCUCGAGGAGAUCGACGAGUACGCGGUGCGCGUCCGCGUCCUCCGCACGGGCGCCGUCGGCCUCAUCCCCGCGUGGAACACCGAGGGCGCGCUCGAACGCCUGACGAGGAUGAACACCGCGUUCAACGAGGCGGCAACCUGCCCCGUGGAGGCCCGCGCCCUGCGCCGCCGCGAUAGCGGCUCCUCCUCAGGCUCCGCCGCCAGCUGGGACGACGCCGCGAGCGCGCCCGCCGACGGCUGCUCGCUGACGCACGUCCACUCGCGCUGCAUCCCGUUCGCGACGCGCGUCCGCUUCCCCGACUACUACGGCGCCCCCAGCGCGUACAGCGACGACGACGACGGAUCCGACGAAUCCGACGCAUCCGACGCGGACACGCCCGCUGGGUCUCCCCGGGAGUACGAGCGCGGGCGUCCGCUGCGGCAGUCGUCGCAGCCCGCCGUGUUCGAAGCCCUGCCGCGGACGCUCGAGAAGGGCGGGAUCUCGGCGUCGGUCGGGACGGCGGCCCGGUCGCGCUCGGGCGGCAGGAAGUCUGUGAACUUCGCAGGCGGGGAGCGCCCGCAGGUCGUGUUCCGGUACCCGUCGGAGGAGGCGGUGGGUUCGCUGUUGGGGGAGGAGACGGAGGCGGAGCCCGAGCGCGGACACGGCGAGGAGGGCGAGGAGGAGUGGUGGUGGCAGGGGUGGGAAGAGGCGCGCGAGGAGUCUGCUGGUGAGAAGGGAGGAGAGGGAGAGGGGAAGGACGCGGAGGCGAGCGACGAGACGGCGGCGGCGGAACAGGGGACCGUCGACUUUGACGAGGUCUUCCCGUUCGCGUUUGACGAGGCUGGGCUUUGACGAUGGUGUCUAUGCAGGCUCGCCCUCUACAGCUGGCAGGGCUACCGGAGGGCGGGCAGGUGAGACGGGAAGUGGCAAAAAGGCGGCAGGACGCUGGCCAGAUAGCACUCGCACACAUAGUAGGUAGGAUUUCGCGUAGGGAUUGGGCUCGGACGACGGAUACCGGACACUCACCCAGGCUCGCUGUAAUUGUCGCUGCACGGCUAGCGUUGUUGUAUAGUAUCUGUAACGCAUAGCAAACAUUCUGUUUAAUGUCC